AGACAAUCCCUUUCGUGUGGGAGAAGUCUGUGGCGCUUGGCAGGAGCUGGUGAGCUGUUGCGGCCUUUAAAAGGGUGGGGGUGAAGGUAACCGAUCGUGACUCCGGCGGUUCUCCAGCAGCCCGGCGAUCUCCCUCGAACCAGAUAGGCCGGAAACCCUAGAUCUCGCUCUUUCUCUCUUUGUGCUGUGUUAGGGUUUCGUUGGUGCUAGGAAGGGCUUGGGGAUCGGGAAGAGAGAGGGCGCGGAGGCCGUCAUUGCCGAAGCGUCGGAAUGGAUGUGAUCAAGACGCAGCAGAUAUCUUCUCGGCCGGUGGAGAAGGUCGUUGUCCACCCGCUCGUCCUCCUCAGCAUCGUCGAUCACUACAACAGGGUCGCGAGGGACACAAGGAAGCGAGUCAUCGGCGUCCUCCUUGGGAGCUCUUUCAGGGGCGUCGUCGAUGUUACCAAUAGCUACGCUGUACCUUUUGAAGAAGAUGACAAGGAUCCCGGCAUCUGGUUUCUUGACCACAACUAUCACGAGUCAAUGUUUGGGAUGUUCAAGAGGAUAAAUGCAAAGGAACAUGUUGUGGGUUGGUACAGCACAGGCCCAAAAUUGCGUGAAAAUGAUUUGGAUGUGCAUGGAUUGUUUCAUGAUUAUGUUCCUAAUCCCGUUUUGGUCAUCAUUGAUGUACAACCAAAGGAAUUGGGCAUACCCACUAAAGCUUAUUGUGCAGUUGAAGAGGUGAAAGAGAAUGCUACCCAGAAAAGCCAGAAGGUGUUUGUUCAUGUGCCAUCGGAGAUUGCUGCACAUGAGGUUGAGGAAAUAGGCGUGGAACACCUGCUUAGGGAUGUUAAAGAUACAACCGUCAGCACCCUCGCCACAGAGGUUACUAGCAAACUGACAGCAUUGAAAGGGCUUGAUGCUCGACUUCGGGAAAUACGUGGUUACCUGGAUCUAGUUAUUGAUGGAAAACUUCCUCUAAAUCAUGAGAUUCUCUACCACUUGCAGGAUGUGUUCAACCUGCUUCCCAAUUUGAAUGUUAAUGAGUUGAUCAAGGCAUUCUCUGUGAAGACAAAUGAUAUGAUGCUUGUGAUCUACCUCUCAUCCCUCAUUCGAAGUGUCAUUGCAUUGCACAACUUGAUAAACAACAAGAUACUCAACAAAGAACACGAGAAAGCUGAAGAUGCGAAGCCUAUGCCAAUUCCUGCAGCAGCAGGAAGCUAAGCUGCUCAGCCUUGGUCUGGAUGUGUCACGGUUAUUUUCUGCAGCAAAGUGCUAGUUCGCAAUUGCAUUUUGUGCCGAAGUUGGCUGCUGCAAAUUGGUGUUGGCUCUUGUGAGAAUUUUGUAUUGAUCUUUAUUUCAGAAACUACGCCCUCAUGCAACUUGCCACCAGAACCAACAUCCGAGUGCUUCAAUGACUAGUUGAUUCUAGUAGAAUCGUGUAACUUAGAAACUGUUAGGGCUUCCAGACGUGAAUUGUUUUUGUUGGAAUUAAAUAUGGAUCAUGACAAGAAGGCAUGCUUAAGAUGUUAAAGGAACUGAAUUUUCCAUUCU